AUUACCACAGUCUUUCUUACGUCUCGAUUCCAAUCAGUUUCACAAAUUUCCGCUAAUUUUUAAACCAUCAUGAAAAUAGUUAAACGUUACUUUGGUAUACAGCGACGAACUCUUACCGCCAUCGGAAUUGAUGUGAACGCCUUUCUGCCAAAUGGCCCCGAACGGAUUGCCAAACAUCCCCUGCUUUUGCUGGUGAUAACUGUUAUGCCUGUGCUGCAGUACAUCUCGAUUGGACACUAUGCCUACAAGAAUUCCAAUAACAUGGUUACGGCGACAUAUUCAUUUUCCCUCUCGUGCCAGGGUGUCAUUUGUUUGACAAAAAUUCUAAUUUUUCUCUUUAAACGUCGUGAUAUUGUUAAAUUGGUCAAAAUGUUGCAGGAAGAUGUUUUCAAUGCCAAAUCUGACGAGUUGGUGAUAACCAAAGAAGAGAAUUCCAGGGAUGUUCUCCACUGUACGGUCUAUGGUUCGGCAGUGUUUUCAACGGGAUUUUUUGGUAUUUUGCACCGAUUAUUAAGACCAUCAUCAUCUACAUCAAACAUGGGAAUCUGGUGCUGGUACCACCACAUCCUGCCACGUAAUUACCUCUGGGACUAUAGCCAUUUACCAGGCUACUCCUUGGUCUACAUUUGGAACAUGAUGCGCAUGUAUACACUGGCCUUUGCCUCGGUGGCCAUCGAUAGUUUAUUUUCAUGGCUGGUGUGUAACAUCGUGGCCCACUUUCGUAUUUUAAUGUUACGUUUUCAGCGUGCAGCAUGGUUGACGCCGGGUCUCGAUCGCCCGGAGGUGUCGGUGAGCCGGGAACAGGAGCGUUUAAUUUUCGAUUGUGUACGAUUUCAUAAUCGUACACUGAACUUGGUACAGGAAUUGAAUCUAGUCUAUGGUGGCAUAAUUUUUGUUAAAUUCGUGGUGUCCAGUGUCCAGAUUUGUUGUUCGGCAUUUUUUCUAAAUAGUUUUGGGGCCAGCCAAUCAAUGGCUAAAUUGAUGUAUCAAUUUUUGCUGUUAAGCGCUGUGGCCCUGCAGCUGAUGUUGUACUGUUACAAUGGACAGAGAAUAACGGAUGUGAGUUUUCAGGUGGCCACCAAAGUCUAUUCUACCUUCCCCUGGUCCAAAAUGCCUGCGUCCACCAAACGCAUGCUACUGCCGCCAAUGAUUCGUGCCCAGCGUUUUAGUGAACUGCGCGGGGUAUUCUUCACCGUCGAUUUGAGUUUGUAUUUGUGGUUGCCUUAUGAACGUCCUACAGAGUUGUGGACAUAUUCGGAAAAAUCGAACCAAUCGCAGACGAAAAUGAAAAUAUUAAAACGUUAUUUUGGCAUGCAAAAAUUUGCAUUUGCUGCCUUGGGUGUUGAAGUCGAAUCGAUGAGCCCCGCCGGUUCGGAACGCAUCUUCAGGCAUCCCAUUCGAUAUGCAGUGUUGUUUAUUUUGACGGUUCUGCAAUAUAUCUCAAUUGGGCAUUAUUCGUAUGUCUAUACGAGCGACAUUGUUUCGGCUGCCUAUUCCAUUGCCCUGUCCUGCCAGGGGGUUAUUUGCAUAACCAAAUUGGUGAUUUUCUUUUUUAAACGCCAAGGGAUUGUGGAAUUGGUGAGAAUGUUGCAGACGGAUGCGUUUAAUGCCCAGUCCGAGGAAUUGGCCAUAAUAAAAGAAGAGAAUAGAAAGGAUAUUCGAAUCUGUACUUUGUAUUGUAUUGUCAUUUAUGGAACCACUUUCUUUGGGAUGACGCUGCCAUUUGCACGAACCAUUCUCGGCUACUUGAGAAAUGGAUACCUUGUUUAUGUGACGCCAGUUGCAUCACCCUCCCUUUGGAAUUACGAUACCGUGCACGGUUACACCCUGGUCUACAUUAUCACCCUCCUUCGCUUGGGCACACUGUGUUUCACGACAAUCGGCAUUGACACUCUCUACUCGUGGCUGAUGUCGAAUAUCGUGGCACAAUUUCGAAUUUUGACACAUCGUUUCCAGCAGGCUGCCUGGGCCACGACGGCCCUGGAUGGAAGUGAAAUUUCGAUUAGCGAGGAGCAGCAUCGUCUCAUCAACGAUUGCAUACGAUUUCAUAAUCGCACUUUGGAUUUGGUCAAGGAAUUGAAUCGGGUCUAUGGCGCCAUAACCUUUGUGAAAUUCGUUGUGUCCAGUAUUCAGAUUUGUUGUUCGGUAUUCUUCGUAAGCAGUUCGGAUUCGAAAGAAUCGGCGUUUAAUUUAUUCUAUCAGAGUAUUUUUUUGGGAGCCGUUUCAAUGCAAUUGGCCACAUAUUGUUACAAUGCGCAGCGUAUAACGGAUGAGAGUGAGCUGGUGGCCACCAAAGUCUAUUUAAUUUUUCCCUGGUCCAAAUUACCGAUCCCGACCCAGCGCAUGUUGUUGCUGCCAAUGAUUCGGGCUCAGCGUAGCUGUGAAAUGCGUGGAGUGUUUUUUAGGAUCGAUCUGAGUUUGUUUGUGUGGGUGUUUAAGACAGCUGGUUCUCUGAUUGCGGUUCUACAAACUAUAGAUGAAGCUCAGUAAAAACAAGAAGAUUUCAAUUUUUGUAAUUGU